AUCCACCUGCUAGCGCCCUGCCUCCCUACAGUCAGGAGCGCCCAAGUUUUCCUGAGGAGCACACGCUGCGUGCCUGGACCUCUUGUGCGCCACGGGGACUUUGUUUCGCACGCUGCUUUUUCCCACGAGAUGUUGGCUGUGGCCGCGCGACGACACUCUCUCCUCGCCUCGCGAUUCUCUUAGACUGAACUAAAGAAACAUUUCCUCCUUUGUUUUGUUUUGGUAUUAUUUUUUUCCAACUGCUAUUUUGUGACUGCACGCUGAGAACUCCGGGGCCAGUGUCUGACCGCGCAGUGCGCACAGGUACAGACUGCGCUCCUGAGCGGGGACUGAGCUGAGGCUGCACCGGGAUUUUCUAUUGUUGUUAUUGGUCACAACUUGGAGACGAAAGUGAGCGAGCUGUUGGAAUUGGUUUGUUCAAUGACUUGUAAGGUCGGAUCUGAAGUUAUAUUCGGAGAGCUGUAACAUUAAGAGAUUUUUUUUUUUAGAAACACUUUCUGUGAGCGACUGGAGGUUGGUCGACCAUGCAGCUGGACGGUCUGUGGACGGUCCACGCCCUCCUGGCACUGACCGGCUUCGCUCUCGGGAACCCGGUGAUCAACGACCCGAUGGCCGCGCCCCGCGUCUUCAUCUCCUUCAAAGAGCUGAGAUCCACCGGCACCGCUCAUCACUUCGCCUACAUCCUCAACACGACCGACUACAGGAUCCUGCGGAUGGACGAGGACCAUGACCGCAUGUACGUCGGCAGCAAGGACCACAUCCUGUCCCUGGACCUCCAUGACAUCAACAAGGACCCGCAUAUUAUCCACUGGCCAGUGUCCGAGCGAAGAAGGAUGGAGUGCCUUGUGAGUGGGAAGGAUGCCAAUGAGGAAUGUGCAAACUUCAUCCGUCUGAUCGAGCCAUGGAACCGGACUCAACUGUACGUCUGUGGGACCGGAGCUUACAAUCCAGUCUGUACCUUUGUCAACCGCGGACGCAAGCCUCAGACGUCCAUGUAUCUGCAGAUGGCCCAGGCCAGAGGAAGGGCUAGCCGCGCAGCUGAUGCCAGCGCGGUGCACGAGACCCUGGGACUAAAGGAAGAAAUCUUCCAUUUGGAGCCGGGCAAAGUGGAAUCUGGGAAGGGAAAGUGCUCCUAUGACCCGAAGCUCAACAGCGUGUCAGCUUUGAUCAAUGGUGAACUGUAUGCUGGGGUCUAUGUUGACUUUAUGGGAACAGACUCUGCCAUUUUCCGUACUCUGGGGACAAAGACGGCCAUGCGAACAGAUCAGUACAACUCCAGAUGGUUGAAUGACCCCUCUUUCAUCCACGUGCAACUCAUCCCAGACAGCGCCGAGAGGAACGACGACAAGCUGUACUUCUUCUUCCGGGAGAAGUCCUCGGAGAUGGGCCAGACCCCUGUGACCCAGUCGCGCAUAGGACGCAUCUGCCUGAACGAUGACGGAGGCCACUGCUGUCUGGUGAACAAGUGGAGCACCUUCCUGAAGGCCAGGCUCAUCUGCUCGGUGCCGGGGGCCGACGGCAUGGAGACGCACUUUGAUGAGCUCCGAGAUGUUUACAUACAGCCAACACAGGACACAAAAAACCCUGUGAUAUAUGGAGUCUUCUCUGUCUCUGGCUCUGUGUUUAAAGGCUCAGCAGUUUGUGUCUACUCCAUGGCCGACAUCCGCAUGGUCUUCAACGGACCCUUCGCCCACAAGGAGGGUCCCAAUUACCAGUGGGUGGCCUACACGGGGAAGAUCCCCUACCCCCGACCCGGCACGUGCCCUGGGGGUACGUUCACCCCCAACAUGAAGUCCACUAAAGACUACCCAGAUGAAGUGAUUAACUUCAUGAGGAAUCACCCUGCCAUGUACAACGCCGUGUACCCGGUACACAAGCGCCCCCUGGUGGUUCGGACCAAUGUGGACUAUGAGUUCACCACCAUCACUGUGGACCAGGUGACAGCUGCGGACGGCAACUAUGAGGUGCUCUUCUUAGGGACUGACAAGGGAACAGUUCAGAAAGUCAUCGUUCUGCCCAGAGAUGACCUGCAGACGGAGGAGCUGGUCCUGGAGGAGGUGGAGGUUUUCAAGGUCCCUACUCCGAUUACAACAAUGAAGAUCUCAUCCAAAAGACAACAGCUGUACGUAUCAUCUGGAGUAGGGCUCACCCAGUUGGCUCUGCACCGGUGCGACGUGUACGGCGAGGCUUGUGCUGACUGCUGCCUGGCCAGAGACCCUUACUGCGCCUGGGACGGCAAGUCCUGCUCCCGUUACUCUGCCUCGCAGAAGAGGUCUGACCCCUUUAGACGGAGCCGGAGGCAGGACGUCAAGUACGGGAACCCCAUCCGCCAGUGCCGAGGCUUCAACUCCAACGCCAAUAAGAAUACUCUGGAGAUGGUGCAGUACGGGGUGGAGGGAAGCAGUACCUUCCUGGAGUGUCAGGCCCGCUCUCCUCAUGCUGUCAUUAAAUGGCAUCUGCAGAGAGAUAACAGCGACCGCAGGAAAGAGAUGCGUUCCGACGGUCGGAUUCUGAAGACAGAACAAGGUCUCCUCCUGCGGUCUCUGCAGCCCUCUGACUCCGGCAUGUACCAGUGCACGGCCACAGAGAAGAACUUCAAGCACUCGCUGGUGAAGCUGCAGCUGGUGGUUCUGUCCAGCCGGGCCGUCAACAACGUGCUGGUGGAGGGCGCGGGAGGGCUGGUGCCUUCUUCUCUCCACUCCAGCACCCAGUGGACCCCGAGCGCAGGCCAGUACAAGGACCUGCUGACCAUCCUGAGCCAGCCGGAGAUGACCCUGAUCAAUCAGUACUGCCAGGACUACUGGCAGUUCGGAGACCCGCUAAUGGGCGCCCUGAAGGCCAAAGACCUGAAGGAGCUCAAAGAGCAGAAGAAGCCCCGCAACCGCCGGCAUCACGGGGAGGGGGAGGAGAACGAGGAGCAGGAGGAGGUAGAGACAUGAGGAGCCCAGCUUUGCGUCGGAAACACCCUCAGCCACCCUCCCCCCCACCCCCACCCCGUGAAAACUGGGAGAGACUCAUUGAGAGUAGCAACGUGAAAAAAAAAAAUCCACAAACCGAUAAAAAAGAGCAAACUGAGAAAAAGAUAGGCUUACAAACAAAAAACCCCACAUACUUCCUCUCAAACAGUAAGAUAUAUGAUACACAGUAUUUAUUGUAUGUUGUAUAUAGUAUCAUUCUGUGGAUUUCUUUGUACUUAUAGAAAAAAAAACAUGCUCUUUGUGUAUAGGUACCUUUGGGGCAAAUAUUAUUGUUAUUAUUGAUGUUGUUAAUUUUAUUGUUGCUGUUACUGUCAUUACAAAACUCAUCUGUCAGCAUCAUAUGACCUUGGCGACUGUUUGGAAUGUGUUAUCAGGUGUGUAAGCUGUCUGAGGCGAGCUCCGGGAAGCUCUCCGUGACGAGGAAAUGAGAUGUUGAUAAGAGGUGAUGGGAUCUCUGUUGUUUUCGUGCUUGCUUUGACUCAAUGCCAGGACUCUUUCAUUUCUGGACACUCCAGGAACGCCUGCGAUGCAACCUCCCCAUGGUUGCAUGUGGACAGAGACUUUAUAUUGCAAGGGGACCAUCGACACGUGGUCCUAAUUAUUGAGGGGGGAAAAAAGUCUUUCUCCAUGGGAACCCAGAUGUUCAGAUGACUGUUCAGAUAUUCUCGCCGGUCUACUCUGGCCUCUUGAUAAGAAUCUUUGUUUUGUUUAUGUCCUUCCUGACUGGAGGAUUGAUUGUAAAACUAUGCGGCAUCUUUGCAACUUUUCAGCCCAGUUACAAAUAUCAAUAAUUUAAUUCCCAGUUGUACCCGUGACUAACCUGCAGCUUCUUCUGACGGAAGAGGGAUAGGACGAUGUCAGAAAUGUAUUUGAGUUAUGAGCUGUAAGUCAGAAUUUGGACGUCUCUCAUUCUGAGAAUGAGAAUUAAUCAGGGGCCGUUGUAGCUCAUCGGGCCGUAUUGUACUUUUUUUCUCAAUGUAUUGUAUUCAACUGUCUCACAUUCUGAGAAAAAAAAAAAGUCUGAAUUCUGCGAAAGAAACCUGGACUUCUGAGAAUAAAGCUGAAAUUCUGAAACAAAAGUCUGAAUUCUGAGAUCAAAUUUGAAUUCUGAUUUUAAACUCUAAAUUCACAACUCAUACAGUUUUCACAUGUGGCCCUAUUCAUCUUCUGGAUUUUCUGGCCAUGAACUUGAGCUUAAAGAAACAAGCAACAGAUUUUUUUAGUUUAUAAUUAGUAUAAUGGUUGGAUUCUUUUCAAAUGCAAACAUCCUUUGAACAGAGAUCGAGGUGCAAUAUCGGGUCAAGGUUCUGCACAAAGGGCAUUACUCUUUUACUUUCAAGGGACAUUGGCUGGGGCCAAAUGCUACAAGCACACUCGGGCAAGCUAUAGCUCACUUCAGUUAAAAAAAAAGAACAAAUCCAAUUUAAGAUGACAGAGGUGCCCAGAUCAGGCAGCAGUUUUUAGCUCUGAGCACACGAGACAUCUUUUGUUCUUUCUUCCUUUGACAUUCAUGUGUGGAAAAAAAUAAAUAAUUGCCCAUAUACACAACAGAGCAUUGUAACAAUGUUGUGACACUAACCAAAAUAUUGGGAAGCUGGCUUUCAUUGUGUGCAUGAACCUGUAUUUGUACUGUAAUUCUGAUAACUGUGUGGUCAUUUUUUUUUUUGUUGUUGUUGUUUUUUCUUCUGUUUUUCAUCUUGAGGGGUGUACAGCACGGUCUCAGUACAGGACGAUGUGGAAAACACAGGCUUUAAAGAUGCACUCAUUUCAAAUAUACCCUGUAUCAAGCACGAUGCAUCUUUUUAUUGACACAGAUUCCGUCAGAUUAUUUAAUGAAAUGAUCUCAAGUGUGUGUUUGGAUAUCACAUAAUAUGGAAAAGUAUCAUCUAAAAUGUAUAAAACGGCAUAUUAAUUAUGUAGACAACAAGUUAAAUUUAAUGAGCGAGCUGUUAUUAAAUAUGAGUGAUAGUUCUAUUGAUUAGAAUUUUUAUGCUCACCCCUAGUAGACUGUGCUCUUAAAAACACUUCUCCAGGAAGCAUGAUUAACAGCAUUUUCAUGUAUAAAACAUAUGACCAGAAUACAAACAAAAACAAACAAACAAAAAAACCCAUCUGGAAGGAGAUGCAAAUUAAUUUUCAUAUCAUUCUGAUAUUUCAAGGCAAUUAAUACACCUUGUCUAGCGUCCAUUCAGGCUGUGUAAAAGUCAUCUUGAACGCCUCUGGGAAGAUGCAUCAAUAAUUCAUACAGGGGGUAUCUGUAUCUGCUCCUCAGUGUGGGAUGUCUGUCUGCAUUCCCAGAAUCAAUCGCAGCUUCUGGUGGUCUCCUUCAAAUGAGUCCAGGAGUUAUACAGCAAAACAAAAAAAACAAAAAAAAAAAAAAAAAUGCAAAGAAAAGGUUGUACAAUUUGUUGGUAUUUUUAAAAAAUAUGUCUGUAGUUUUUUGAGUGUUUUCAUUUGUUUUGUAUUUUUGCAUCAUCAGACUUUAUGGAGAAAAAAAGAGAAAAAAAACUAAAUGCACAGAGGUGAUGUUAUUGUAAUGACUCGUGUAAAUUACUCUAUCUUCCCUUUCCAUUGUUGUUGCUGACUAAUAAAUUAAAGCUCUAUAUUUUAUAAGAAUGGAAUGCUCCCCCCCUUCAUUGUGAUUGGCUUGAUUCUGGAUGUUUUCCAUGUUCUGCCCAGAACCCUCUGGAUCCUUGGAAUAAAGUUGUACCUGUUAAAGA